AAAGAAUGUAAGCGCACCCCUUCAUAAGCAUCCACCUUCACGUGAUAUCUCACACACACUGAUACACACACUGGGAAACACAAGCAUUCUGCUGUGAGGACUUCAUUACUUGUAACAUGUCUCUAAAUAGCUUUGUUGAUGUUGCAGUUGAUAAAGCAGCAAAAGCUGCCAAAGUAAAGGUGAAGUCCAUGCUGGGUGGAGGUGGAGCAAACACUAACCAACCAAGCAAGUCAGGAGGCAUGGGGGGCAUAGGAGGCCUUUUUCCCUCGGCAGGAGCUUCAGGUAACGAUGGCAAAGAGAAGAAAGGAGGGCUGUUUGGAGGCCUUCUCUCAACACCACAGGGCGAGACAAACCCGGGAGCAGCAGGAGGUGUACCAGGAGGUGUACCAGGAGGUGUACCAGGAGGUGUACCAGGAGGUGCAGAAACCAAGGAUUUCAACUCAGCUGUGGAUGAGCUUGCUGAUUUCUAAGAUGAAGGUCUUCAGAGAUGCUGCAAUUAUUAAAUAUCUGCUUUUCUUCUGAUCGGAGCUGGACAGAACAAACGCAACAGGAAAUGCUUAAUGUCUGUAAAGGCACGGCAAAUGAAGAAGUGAGAAUUCAGCCUAUUACAAUUAUUAUAUCUAUUAACAACUGUACACUAGCUCUACAUGUUCACAUGUGAUUCAGUGUUUGGCGGAAUUAUAUAAAUAAUGUGUUCUUAUACAUAUUUUCCAAAUUAAAAUGGGCAAAUAUGUAUGAUUACAAAAAUGUAUAAGAUGCACAUUAGAUAUAUGCAAAGCUUUGUUUGGUAAAAUUGUAAAUUUGUUGUAUUUAUAUAUUUUUGUUUUAAGUUUUAGCCUUCUGUUGCAAAGCCCCUCUCAGAGCAAUUUUCAUAAACCUACUUUUUUCUAUUUGAAUGUGUAAGUUCUACAUGGUUGUACACUACGUUGUACUCAUUUGAAUAAAGAAAGCUAUUAAUGGA